AUGAUGACGUCAAUUAUGUGUGAGGAAUUAGAAAGUCCAAGUGGCAAAGCUGUACGACAAUACUUCCCCUAUGUUUCCAGUGAGAGUGACUUGCAACGAUACAAAGCAAUCACACUUCAUAAGCAUCCAAGUAACGAGACGAGAGCGAGUUCGUCAUUAUCAAAUGUGCCUUCCGAUUCAGCGAAAACGAAGGAUAAUGGUUCAGCUAAAUACUUUCAGGGCACGAGAACAGGGCGAACGGGGCAUGUUGGGGAGAAAGUAGCACAGCUGAAACAAAAUGAAAUUUGUAAGCUCGACAACAAUUAA